AUGCCCAAGAGCCGUGGCACGCGGUUGAUAGCCAAGCAUCAGCUUGAUGCUGCCGCCGAAGUCAACGAUCUGGAUUACUUCGGGCAAUACACCAAGCGGAAGAGACUCAAUAAUGACAGCAAUAACCCAGAUUCAGCAUCCACGGUUCUACAAAAACAACCAGACGACCGCGCCGCUAGGAUUGCAAGGCGUGACGCUGCUAAGCUCGGCCAAACCCUGGGAGUCCGAGGUCAAGUGGUCUCAUCUCGGCAACAGACUGCGCAGCGGUCUGAAGAGGACGACAAUGAGGAUGAAAGCGACACCGCAGCUGAGGACGAUGGUGACGACGACGACGACGACGACGAAGAUGGCGGCCAAGACGGAGUCGAUCAUGCUCGUAUCACGCAGGCUAUGAACCAAGCGCGGAAUCGGAACAUGAAGCCGACGAUCAACGGCAUUGGCUCGCGGCAACAAGGUAACCGGCCCCAGGAUACUGAAGUGUCGUCGGACGACAGAGAGGACAGCCACGAAGAACUCCUCGAGUCUCAAUCUCCAGAUGACGAAGAAGUCACUGCGUCAAGAAAUGCCAACGACAGGCCCAGGAGUGGGCAUGGCGCAAACGGGAAGGUGCCUCAGCAAAAGAACCAGCGAACCCGCGAUAGCCGCGACAGGCGGAAACAAAAGGACAAGACGAAUACUUCCUCCCCUGCUGAGGACCAGUCCCCAAGUGAGAUUAACAAUGAAAUUGCCCAAGACGCUGCCUUCGUCGAAGCUCCUGAGCAACAUGAGGAGACAAUCACGGUCAAAAUUGUCAUCAACAGCAUGGGCGGAAUUUUCAAAACACUGCAACAUCCAGCGUGGACAGGAUCAACACAUUGGAUCCGCGAAUUCGAGAGCGACAACAACGAUGACGACCAAAAGAUUUGUAAAACAAGCUCCGGCAAAGCCUUGAUGAAUGAGAUCCAUGGUCUGAACGAUAUUUUGGAAGAGGCGACGAACCCUCCGGAGGACCCCUUCGAUAAUGACCAUGAGCUAUCGUCAACACCGACUGCGUACCUGAGGACGAAAAGCGUGGAUAUUAAGCAACAUCUCACACGCAUAGAUCAAGUUAUCGACGAAAUUUGUUCACGAAAAUUGCUUCCAGUAUCGCGGGCCGGAUAUGACCGAUUCGCAGCACAAUGCGUCAAGAGGAGACAGGCGUUGUUGCGAGACAUGUCACGCCAGUUGAUCCCCAUGUUGAUGAUUACUGUGAAGAAAGCAUGUGGUAUCUGUCCAUCAGAAGACAACCGGUCAAAGACGACCCUGUACCUCAACUGCUUCAGGCUUCAGUUCCUUUUGAGGCCUCUUGCUUGGGCUGAUAGACUCCACAGGGCACUCGAAAGGGGCUUCGAGCAAUGGCCUGGGGGCAAUGAGUCACAUGACGGUACAGACGAAUCCCACGAAGGCGUACAUGAGGCUUUGGAUAGGGAAAAGAAAGCACGUUCUUCCUUGGAAUCGCAGUUGAAUGCUCUGUAUUCUGCUGUCAGAAAAGCGGAAAGAGAGAUACAGCAAAUCGCGACACAGUCUGAGAGACAAGAACGCGAGGCUGAAACCAAGCGUCAGGAGCGAGAACGGAAGAUAGAGCGGCAACGCGAGAUUGCAGCCCAAAAAAGGCGAGAAAAAGAAGAGCAAGACCGGGAAGACGUGAAGGCAUUCCGGGGCUUUCUCCAAGCCACGCAGGCCUUGAGAUACAAACCGAAUCCUCUGAAGCAGUUAUGGGAUGAGGAUCAGGCCGCCCUGCCCGAGCAACUCCGUGCCACUUCUACUGUGAAAGCCGCACCGGGAAGGAGCUCGUCGGGCCAGGCAGCUCGCUCUCAAGGCGGCCCUUCCAGGAAUGCGCGAGUUGAGUCCGUAUCUGAUUCAGAUGACCCCUUUUCGGCUAAUUACAGGCACCGUUCGAACACACCGGUGCCGAACAGACACGCAUCCAGUGAUCGUGUCCGACAAAACCCCCCAUCUGGCCUGGGCAGCUCACAACGAGCGCAUAAGGCGAGCAGGCCAUGGUCCGAUGAGGAAGAUAAAGCCAUGAUCAAGGCAAUACGGUACAAGAGGAACUAUGAUGUGGUAUCAAUGGCGCAAAAACUACGACGCUCGGAGGACGACGUUGCGAGGAAGGCUGCGUUUCUGAAGCAGGCCUACCGUGAGGCCUACACGGACAGAGGCCGCGAGAUUCCCGCCUGGGCUCUGUAA